AUGUGGGAAUAUGAAACGGAAAAUUCAUCUUGGUGGUCAGCCAUUAAGUUGCAAAAUACACUCCAGGACUCCUUGCAAAGGAUACUCAGGAAUAUAAAACACCUGGGCCGUUAUUAUCCCAUAUUUUUGGGUUUGACUGCUUACUGGUACGAUGUCAAAUGUUUGGAAUAUAAACGAAGUUGGUUGUCACACCUAGUCAUGCUGUUGUCCAACUUGACAGGCACUGUGCUCACCAAUUUCAUUUUAGCUGGCUAUAUAGAACUCUUCGGAAAGGUUCCAUAUGUUAAUCCUGUUAUGAAAUGGGUUUCAUAUGUGAGUCCCAUAAGUCGCAGUGUUCUGGGGGCAUUUACAGUUGGCCAUAUUUUGCUGCAUGACCAGGCCAUUGUUCAAUUGAAAAUGCUAUUGCUGGCUGCGGAAAGGAAAUGCCUAGAAAGACUAAAAUAUGCCUGUCCAGCACUGGAGAAAAGAUUCAAAUAUUUGUAUUGGCUCAAAACCUUUUUGCUGCUCUACAUGUAUCUGACAACUUAUGUGUUGGGCCUCUACAUAUUGCCUGGCAAUAUGGGCAUAAUGAAAUUUGUAUUGGCCUUUCUUUAUGGGAAUUUCCUGUCCCAAUGGAGUUUUGUAUUUUUUGAGUAUUUUGAAUUAUUGUGGAAACUAUGCAGUCUCUUGUAUCAAAUAGAAGAGGGCUUAAGCGAUGUUAUCAGAAGAGUGAAGCUUGAGAAUAACGAGCCACAAGCCUGCUCAACAAUGUCCUGGCUAUUGAUGAGGCAUUCCGAAUUGUGUGGACUUUUGCUGAAAUUUGAACAAAACUUUAAGUGGCAAUUAUUUGUUAGUCGCUUGUCCAAUAUGGCCAGUUACAGCAUAACCACCUAUUUUGUUUUUGUCUUCAAUAAAACUAUUUACGAUUCCAUGAUAUUUGUUGGUGUGGCAUUUCUCUCAUAUUUGCUGCUUACGCUGGACUCAUUUCUUAUCGAUUAUAUAUGCGAUGUGACUGCUCAAAGUUUUGAUGAUCUGGAAUUGGCUUUGAAGGAUUUUAAUGGCAUAUAUCGAGAGUGGAAAAUAUUUGACCAGCUGUGCGAAGAGUUCUCACUACAUAUCUGCCAUCGAAAGUUGUACUUAAAAUUAGCUGGAGCCUUAAAUUUGGAUCGCAAAUCUUGGUUCUAUAUGAUGUCGAAUUUACUCAUGUAUUCCAUAGUUUUAAUACAGACUCAUUUAAGUACUUCUUUGAAAAGAUAG